AUGAAAGGCAAUAAGGUGAUUAAUGUAGCAGACCCAACAAGUGUAACAUAUCAUGAGGGGACGCAAAUCGUCUUUACUGUAAGUAUCCCGGAGAGUCCCCUACAUUUUCUUAGACUUUUAGUCUAGAAAAGAAAAGAAAAUCUCGGGUCAAAUUAUCGUCCAACCUUUCGGGAACAAUGCGUCACUUUCACGAAUGUUAAUGACUUAUGCUGCCAAAGCAAUAAAUUAAUCUACAGCGGUGAAACAGAGAUAAUUGACGUCAUAGGUCGUCAUAGGUGCAUCUCGGCCAAUUUUGUCGUUAAUUUCAAAUAAGAUGAUUACCUUGUGGCCAAAAUUCUCACUCGUCGACAAAAUAACUAAGAUUAACGUAUUUCGACUGAAACCACUGCAGAAGAUUACACUGAGGGCACGAGUUGUUGGAGAUAGCGGGCAAGUGUUCGAUUCACACGCUCACUUCAUCACUACCAAACAUGGCCAUGUUGAUGUUUGUAGUCAACCGUCUUUUGGUGGAUCUUACCGCGGACUUUCAGCUAUGGGACUCUUAUGGAGCAUGAAACCAUCACCUGGGCAGAAGAAAGGAAUUCGACUGAUGAAAUCUGAUGUCACUAAACCUUACAAAGUCGUCUUGGACUGUUUUGAUGGCCAUACGGAUCCGCAGGAAUCAAGUUCUUUGCAGCCUUUGUCUAGCAAUACGUUUGAGAAGGGGUACAUGGCGAAUGGAGUGAAGAGAAUUCCUGUGAGAGAAGGAAGAAUCCGUGGAACUCUUUUUCUUCCUCUGGGUGACGGACCUUUUUCUGGUGAGUAGCGAAAGAUUGGCGUUUAUCUAAAAAAAAAAAACUGCUAGUCGAGAGUAGAAUAGUGUUUUUACAGAUUAGAAUUUGAAAGAAUCAGAAUGCGCUAUUGAACUUUCCAGAUGUGUCCUGAUCUCUUAAAAGUGAUAACAAUGUUAGACGUACAGUUCAGGUUUUUACUAAUAAUUACUUUUUGGGUUGAUCACCUGUGUGUAAUACUACGGGUCGUAAUUCAGAAAAUAUUGCUUUUCUUCAGUUUACUGUUGUGCUACUUCAACAGAUCAGCAAAGAUCAAUUUCAUUCACGGCGCGCCGCAAACGUUUGUCUCCAAACCCCAACCCCAUCUCUCCAUGCUGCAAGGUGAUCUUGAAAGAACAAAGGAAUAUAAGAUGUGGUUUUAUCAAUGGUUUGAACCAUUUUCAUUGAUGCAGAAACUCUUAGAAAAUCUUAUUUGUUUAAAGCCCCUACGAAGGCUUCUUUUUUAUUCUCUUUUUAUCCAAAGACACAUUGUUUGAAUGCAAGAGUUACCAUUGAGGUAAAAAAUAAUAACAAUAAACCUGUUCGAGUAAACAACAUUAAACGAUGUGUUGUAGCCUCCAGCAGUAUUUUACAUUAAGCCUAAGUAAAAUUUUAUGUUAUCAAGUAACAGUGGUAAAAUUGUUUUGGUUAUGAAUUAAUAAGUUAAUGUAGGUAAUCACAUGAUUUUGAGUUUAAAUUGGAAUAAAUAAGCGCGAAUAAAUUUUUUCAAAGACCAAAGAAAAAUUUACAAGUGCUUAUUUAUUCCAAAUUGCACGAGGAAAAUCAUAUGAUUCCGUAAUAAUAAUAUAUAUGAGAAAAAUACGAGAUAGCUCAUCAUUUAACGAAUAGAUAAGCCUUGAUUGUAAUCAGCUCUGUUGUAAAGCAGAUAAGAAGCGGCUAGAGCACGAAAGAAGUGUAGGGAGAAACACUAGACGUAGUCGAGUAAACGACAUUACAUACAUACAUAAAUGCAUACAUACGUUUAUUGCAACUCCCAAGCUGGGUUUUUCAGUUACAAAGCCUACAUUAAAAUUAUUGUAAUAUUAUAGUAACAUUGCAUUGGCCUAAAAAUAUAUAUAUAAGUGAAAACUAAGGCUAGUACAAUAUAAAUACAAAAGGCCAAUACACGUUAAAAACACUAGUGAACUAAAACAAAAAUUAGACAAGAAUAGAAGAUUGAAAUAAUUCAUCUGUGCGUUACAUUUCCACCAAGGAGCGCAUUCAGUAGGCGGAGCCUAAAGACGUUUACAUUAUCAGCUGCUUUUAAGUCAUUUGGGAGGUUAUUCCACAAUUUGCAUCCGCGAUACGUGAGUGCACGUUGCCCAGAGGACAGACGGCAUCGUGGGAUGUGGAGCAGAUUACAUGAUCUUGUUACCCUACUAUGAAUACGAGAUCGUGGGACAAACAUGUUAGUCAGAUAUUCGGAACUAAAUUAUUUACACAUUUAAAUACCAUUACAACAUCGUUAAAAUAAAAUCUCUCCUUAACAGUGAGCCAAUUAAGAGAUUUUAUGCCUUGGGAGAUGUGCUCAAAUUUCUUAAAACCUAAUACAAUACGGGCAGCAAAGAUCUGCACUAGCUGAAUCUUCUUUAUAUUUCUUUGAGAUGUGUUGGCUCAUACAGUUGAACAAUAAUACAUUGUACUAAAAACAAAAGCGUUCAUCAAAAGUAAAAGGGUUUUCCUGUCCAAGAGGUGUUUAAUCCUGCUAAUCUGUACUAGUUUGAAAAUACACUUAGAAGUAGUUUUAGCAACAUGAUCGUUAUAUGUUAAGGACUGGUCGAUGUAGACUCCAGGGUCCUUUGCCACAGGGACUGGUGUUAUUUCCUUUCCCAAGAGUGAAAUUGACGUUGGAGGCAAUUUCCGCAGUAGUUGAGGAACACCAACUAUUUAUUGUUUAUUAAAAGGGAAUUCUGACAGCACCAUCGGAAAAUUUCUCUCAAAUCUUCGUUCAGAUAACCAAAUACGCGAACGAUGUCAGUUGAGCGAAAGGAUAGGUAUAAUUUACAGUCAUCGACGUAGCACACAGAUUUUCAGUGAGCUGGAACGGACAAGAGAUCAUUUACAUAGAUGGUAAAUAACACAGGCCCCAAGAUAGAACCCUGAGGAACUCCGUAUUUAACAUCCCCAAUGCAUAGCAUCCCCAAUGCGCACUCGCUGGCUACGACCAGACAGGUAAUUAUGAAACCACUACAAGCUCGUAGAGGCAACGCCUAUGCUCUGUAACUUCUGAAGGAGAAGCUCAUGUCAGAUACUAGCGAAUGCCUUGGACAUGUCCAGUAGCACGACAACGGACACUUCACUCUUAUCAAUGGCCAUGAGAAAAUCAUCGGUUACGUGUAAGAGGUCCGUUUCCGUAGAGUGACACUUUCGAUUACCGUUCUGAUUUUCAGACAGCUUCUUGUUGGUGGUUACGUAGUCAACGAACUGACGCUGAGCUAAUCUCUCGGACACCUUAGAUAGCAUUGGCAGUAAUGAGAUGGGCUGGUGAUUACAGGGAUCUUCGGGGUUGCCAGAGUUUAACACAGGAGUAACUUCAGCCAUUUCCCAUACUCUCGGGAAACAAUUAGAUCUAAAUGGGUUAUUCAUAAUGCUUGUAAUAGUUGGUACUAUGACUGGCAAACAGUCCUUGAGGACGUGGCUAGUAAUCUUGUCACGACCUGGUGCUUUGUUGGAAGAGAAGCCCUUAAUUACACCUUCAACAUCCUUCCCCAGUAAGGGGUGAAAUCGAAAUAAGACAGGGCAGUCAUCAGGCGUUCGCAAGAGGGUUGGCAUUGCUGGAUUGAUAUGCUAAUAAUAUACACAAGCAAGAUCAUAAGCUUCCUGAGCUGCUGAACUUCCAACAGAUGUAAAAUAUUCAUUGAAUCUAUUUGCCAAGGAAAUUGGGUUGUCAGGAAUAAUAGGGCGGCUUUUGGACUUCUUUGGGAGGCAGUUGUUAAUUAUCUUCCAAAUUGCAUUAGUGUUUCCUUUGUUUUGUAAUAGCUGAGAUCUCACAUAAGCUUUUUCUGCAAUUCGUAGUUCACGCUUGACUUCCUGUCUGAAGAAACGAUAUGCGUUCCAUUGAAGACGGUCAUUUGAUUUAAUGGCUCUCCGAUACCAUUGGUCUCGGGUCUUCAUCAGUUGGCGAAUUUCAGCUGAAAUCAAUGGGUUAGGUCUUGACUUGAUUUUUACUCGCUUUAAAAGGGCGUGAUCAUCUAAAAUAUUGGUAAAUAACGCAUUGAACGUCUCCACUUGGUCAUCAAAAUCGUCAAACAUAGAUAUUAUAUGAAAAGAUACAAGUGACAGAUCCUCACUGAAUUGUUUUGCAUUGCAAUUAGCGUAACUCCUGAUGGUAACAUAGGAGGGCUAGAGUCGAGGGGUCUUCAACGUUAAUACUAGGUAAACAAGAUGGUGAUCACUUACUGAGCAGGCAAGCACGUCACUGAGGCUGACAAUAUCCGUGUUUGUCGUCAAAAUUACGUCGAUUAAAGAUUUUGUAGUUUCUGUGAUCCUUGUGGGUUUCUUAAACAGUUAGUGUAAAUUAAAUGUUGAAAUAAAGGUCUGCAGUGAGGUAGUCUCAGGGUCAGGAGCUAAAAGAUUGUAAUUUAGAUCACCAAGAAUCACAACAUUUAAGUCAAGAAUCAUUCAAAACGUGGUUGGUGUUUUUAAGUCUAGGAUCAAAAACGAUUUGUCCUUUCUGCAUUGAAAUUAGCCAAAGUUCUUGCCAUCGAGGCAGAUGAUAAAUUUGCACAGUAAUCUUGAGGUUUGACUUGGCGUAGGUGCCCAAGCCACCUCCAGCUUUAUGUUUUCCACGAUCCUGUCUGAAAAGUUGGUAACCAAAGAUCUCAAGGCUUGUGUCAAACUUAGCUGACUCCUUACACUGUCUGAUCGGUCCAAGCUGAAGAUGGAUAUCGCCACCUUUGACAAGGAAGACAUCAGCCGGUUAAAGGCAGAGUUCGAAUAAAAACGAUUUGUGAAACCCUUUGACAAGAUGCAUUCAGAUACGUCAACGGAUUAAGUUGGAGUUCGACCAAAUAUGCGGCGUCCAUGCUUGUAAAACUCUCCCAUGUUUGCGUUUGGGCAUUACCGAAUCGUUUGAGAUAAUUUAAGUUCGAAAUAUACGAAGCUAAAACCAGAAAACUUGACAAAAUUACGGACGAACGCAAGUCACGUCUAUUCGCCAUGAUCACCCUUCAUUCAACGAUGUGAUGUAGCCUCCAGCAGUAUUUUACUUUAAGCUUAGGUAAAAUUUUAUGUUAUGAAUUAACAGCGGUGCAAUUUUUUUUGUUAUUAAUUAUUUAGUUAGUAUAAGUAAUCACAUAAUUUCGAGUUUAAUUUGGAAUAAAUAAGCACUAGUAAAUUUUGGCGUGACAGCUUUAGCUCAGCUCAAGGCUCUAUACUCUCAAAGAGCACGCUCUUUUAACCAAUGACAGCGUGCGUCAUAUUCGAACUUCAUUAUAAAAAUUAUGCAAAAGAAAAGCGCGGGCAUCGAGUGGAAAAAUAACUUAUUCAAACUCUGCAAGUGACAUUGUGCGUUCGGUCAAAACAGCCGUGUACGAUCAAAACUGAUCUAACCAAUCAGAAUGAGUAAUUUUUUUGUAUCUCACUAGUUUAGUCAGUCAUUUUUUGUAGUCGAUUCCGUGUGAUUUGGUCAUUCGUUAAUAUUUGGAAUGUUGUUAUUAUAUGAAUUGAAAAAUCCAACGCUAUGUAAGCUUGAGAUUUGUUGAUGAGUUUCCUGACUGACUGUCCUGUGUAACUUCCAAGUGGACGUGCCUAGUUGGACCCACACGAAAGUUCUUGUUUUGGCUAACGCAGUCGCAGGUUGAUUCAGUUAGUCAUAACCAUUAAGUUUUACUGUUGUUGUUAAUUUUCAGCAAGCAAAAGCGAAUAUAUAAACAUAUACUCUAGACCUUACCUGGUAGAAUAAUGUAGAGAUUGUGCAGAAGUAGAGACAGAAUUCUGUAGCUGAAGUGAGUUUCUAGCAGCACAAGUCAGUGAGAAUCAAAGUGUGGUUGUCGAAAGAGACCAACCAGACUUACAAAGAAUGAAGCAAAACAGGAUGUAACUAAAAUCUAUUGUGUAUUAGAGAAGCGAGUAAUUAAAGGAAACAGUUGAAAAGACAGAGAGUCCUGAGCGUGUUGUGUUCGUUAGCUAGUUCUCGCCAUUACUGCGAACCAGCAUAUUUGGAGGAGGACAUUUGGCCGCUCACAUUAUCAUUGACGUCUUUGGCUUUAUCCAACCUACAAAAAGGAUGUAAAAUAGAUUUAAAGCAAUCAGAGCUCUAAAUAGAAUCUUUUUAAUAUAGACUACGAGCAUUUCUAGAAUAUUACUGUUAAUUUGCCACCCUAUUUUUCCUAAUUACAUAAAACAUUGGAUCACUCUCAAGUGACUGAAGUAUUAAAAUAAAUCAUUGAAAUCCUCAACGGAUAUAAAGCGAAAGAGAUUUUAUCAAAUCAUGGAAAAAUGCAUAAAGCUUUGUAUGCAAGAAAAAAGGAUGAACUUCAGUUAAACAUAAUGGUAAUAGGACCAAGUGGACUCCAUUUUGGUGUGUGAUCAUGCGAGUGAUUAACAAAAUCGGACGAACGCGAUUAACAGUAUUGGACGACUCAAAGUCCUGUUACCAGUUAAUCAUAACCGUUCGCAAUUUCCGAAAAAAAUAAAACAAAUACAUUUAGGACAAACAAUUGCGGUGGAGACAAUGUCUAAAGAAAAAAAAAUUUUCUCCAAUUUGGAAAUUCCUCAGUUUCUUUUUUUUCUUUUUCAGGGUAAGUAGUUGUUGCUAUGGUUAUCGUGAUCAAUACUGUGAUUGGUGGAUUUAGCUGAGUGGACCUAAUAUGAUUGCUUCAACUGUCCGAUUCCAGGUGUCCGAUUACAGCAAACUGUCCGAUUACAACUGAGUAGAAUGAUAAGUGAAGAAUAAAGCAGCCAAUGCACGAUUCAUAUUUGAAGAAUUUGUAAUGAUUAUGAAGAUUCAUUCAGAAAAUGGCGAGACGCUCCUUUCCUCUUGCAACGACUUUUUGAAAGAAAACGUUAUUAUUUUGAUGAAUUGAUCUCAACUGAUCGGUAAUGUGAAAUACUACCUGCAAAACAGAAUUACAAGUCGUCUAUUUUACGGUAGAUCAAUUCAAAUGAAUAAUUUCCGAUGAACAAAGCUAUUAGUUUAAUUUUUAGCCAAAACACCUAGUUCCAAUUUUAUCCAGCUUCAAUAUAUAUAUGUCUAACUUCCUCCUGAUUGUAAGCUCUAGAGAGUCGUGUGGUGAUCGGAAAAUCAUUUUAAAAUGCAGUCCUUAACAAAACUGAGCGAUCCACAAAAAGAUUGAGGACUGUACUGAGCCUCUCAAUUUCUUUCUAAGACACGGGUCAAGCGUUUGCUCACGGCUGAUUCCUGGCAGUUAGUAUAAAAACUUGAAUCUGACAAGACCAACAGCAGCCCUUUUAGACAGCAACAGCAGCCCUUUUAGAUGUCUUACGAGGAAACUCACGAAGGAAUUUGUCAUCAUAAGUCCGCCAUUUUGAGUGGUCCAAAAAUUUUAAAAGUUAUUCACAUGUUCAUAAUUAAAGCCGCCUUUGACGUGUUAUUUUAUAAGCGAUUGUUACUGAAUCAAGCAAUAUCUUAAUCGUACGAUCUCCGCUGCACGUAUUAGACAUAUCCUGCACUCAAUCAGUCAAUGUUAUCUUUACAGGAGUCAUAGAUCUGUUUGGUGCUGCAGGCGGAUUAGUGGAGUUUAAGGCUUCACUUUUAGCAUCUCAUGGAUUCGCUACUCUUGCUUUGGCCUACUUGGGCUAUGAAGAUCAACCAUUGUGUCCAUCUUCAAUAAACUUGGAUUAUUUUGUAGAAGCUGCCAGCUGGCUUAUAAGUCACCCGAAAGUGAUUCCACAUGGUAUCGGCAUGCAUGCUAUAUGCUAUGGCUCAUGGAUUGCAUUGUUGAUGGCAAGCUAUCAGAUCGCACCAAUUAAGGCCAUUGUAGCUAUUUCACCUCUGGUAAUCGCCUACCUUCUCCCUUUCCAGUUAAAAGGGAGAGUCUCAGACAUGAUACCCCUUGAUAAGAGCAGAGUGGUGUCCUCAGAAAAGGGCAGCAUCCUUCGUUUCGCCCAACCAACUGACAUUGAUUACAUGAAUUCAACAACAGUCUCCAAAUACUCAGCUAUUACACCAGUUGAGAACAUCAAUUGCCCUGUCCUGCUGGUUUCUGGAACUGAUGACUUGAACAACCCCACCGAUUUUACAGUAGAGUUCAUUAUUGAUCGCUUAAAGGAGAAUGGAAAAGAACAUUUGUGCACAAACUUGCGUUAUCCCCAAGCGGGAUAUCUCAUCGAACCACCCUACUCUCCUCUUUGUGAUUUUUCUUUCAGCAAAUUUGCUAAAGAAUGGGGUGCUGACCCUUACCUAGCUUGGGGAGGGGAGACUGUUGCACAUGCCAGAGCACAAGAAGACUGCUGGCCAAAGAUUUUACACUUUCUGCGAAAACACCUCUAA